AUUGGAUAAAUGAAUUGUUAAAUUUGCACUUUAUUGGCAAAAGUACUUAAGACUCAAACAAAAGGAAAGGCGUCUCAUUGUAGUCACAGUAGUCACUCCGCGUGUCUCAAAACAAUCAGUUAAUUAGAUAUUAAGUUAAUUACUGCGAAAAGUAAUGAAUGCCUAAACAUGUCUUCAUUUCCAACUAAUGGCGACCAAUUGAACGGCUUUGAAGAGAUCUUGCGUCGGUAUGCAAUGGAUGCAUACGAGUCGAAAGUGGAUCUCCUGAUGGAUGUGUCGCCCGAAGACAAACUAUUUCUCCUACAGUACUGUCGGUUGGAUCUGCAGCGCAUAAGGAAUUUCCACAACACUGAUCUCAAAAUAGCACCUACCGGUGCGCACAGCACUGGUGGCUACCAUUCAGACCUGAGUCCCGUCAAUAUAUUCGGGUACUCGCAGGACGUACUCGAGUCGUACCGCGAACUUCGCCAACUGUUGCCAAUCUCUGUAGGGCUGGACCUGCAUCUAAGCCCUAACCUCCCGUCCCAUACAGUGGAUCGCAUGUCGCGGGAUAUGGUGGACAUCCGGUGCCAGUACGAGGCGGAGGAGAUAUCCAUAUCGCGACCGCACUCGCCGUUCGUAACAUCGGCGCCAAUGACGCGCCUGAGUGUCUACAUACGAAUCGUCACCCGUAGGGCCGACCGCUUAGAGCCAGUCAUAGAUGCGAUCCGUAGGUACGCCGCCCACAAGGGUGUGGGCGAAAUCGGACGGGUAGUACAGACGCGAAUCGACGUCCCCUGUAAUCGGCCGGAGAUUGUGGGUCGCGGCCACUGUCUGUUGGAUCCCAUCGCCAAUCACACCGGCACUCAGAUUCACCACCACAGGGAGGGCUACAUUAAUAACAUGACGAUUACGGGGCAGCGCUUGGAGGCGGUGAUGGCGGCCCGCAAGGAGAUCAGCGACCGGUUUGUGUUGGAACUGGAGUUCGAGGUGACGGCCGCUGAUAGUAAGGCACUGCAGGUAUCGGGCGGUCGACAGUUGGAGCGGAUUUGCCGUCAGUUCGGAGUUCACAUACUCAUGAAACCCGGCCUCAAUCAUAAUCGCAGGGUUGUGGUCAUUAGGGGCACCGAUAGGGCUGUCAGUCAGUUGUUUGAUGCGCGCCAAGAGAUUGUGAAUCUCAUGAAUAACCCGUAAAUUGAUUUUUCUAUUCAAUGUUUGCGUUCAUUAUUAUUAUUAUUUUUGGUC